CACGGAUGGAUAUCUUCGCGCCAUCCGCUGCGUCGCGAGCUCGCCGCCAUGGCUCUUCCCCUCGCCCGCCUCGUCCUACCCGGGUUCCCCGCCUGCCAGUGCCAGCCACGGCCCCCCCUGCGCUUCCCGAAGCACCACGUCUCCUUCGCCGCCCCUGCCAGUUCUCGCGCCGCCUUCGCUGCCUGCGCGGCGGCUAGUGCGCCGGCGGCCCCAGCUGCCCAAGCGCCGGAGGCGGAGACGGUCGAGCAAGUGGGCCCGAGGACACGCCUCGUCGCGCAGAACAUCCCGUGGGACUCCACGGCCGACGAAAUGCGCGCGCUCUUCCAGACCCACGGCUCAGUCGUCGGCGUCGAGCUUUCAAUGUACAGUGCCAGUAAAAACAGAGGAUUGGCGUUUGUAACCAUGGGUUCAGAAGAGGAUGCUCUUGCAGCUCUCACCCAUCUCAAUUCAACUAUUUUAAAUGAUAGAAAAAUUAAGGUGGACUUUGCAAGACCUAGAAAGAAGCAACCUAAGCAACCUGUUGUGGUAUCAAAUCCCAUGGAAAAGUAUAUUGUGUUUGUCGGAAAUUUGACAUGGAGAGUAAGAAAUCGUCACCUUCGGGAAUUAUUUGCCUCUGCCCCAGGUGUGAUAUCAGCUGAAGUCAUCUUUCAUACCACCACUCCGAGGCGAUCUGCUGGUUAUGCAUUUGUUUCUUUUUCUUCAAAAGAGACCGCAGAGGCCGCCAUAUCUGCUUUCAAUGGAAAGAUAUUGAUGGGACGGCCCAUUAAUGUGAUGCUCAAAGAUGAAAAUGGUAAAAAGAAUGAAUCUUCUGUCCCAAAGGAGGAGGCCGAGGUGGAAUCAUCUAACUAGAGUGAUAGCUAAGCACGAACUGUUCCUAGAGCAAGAAGACAAGCGAAAGGAAUAGAUCAUAUCUGUCAUUACGUAUAUUCUGACCCAUGGUAUUUUCUUUUUAGAAAUAGUUUUAUCCCUUGUUUUAUUAUGCUCUAUUUAUCGAGACUUUUACCUGUGUGCCAUUAAAAAAAUUGUAAUUAUACACAAGCUAUUAAAAAAGUUAAGCUCCCAUGAGUGCCACCGUUCUGAA